GGUAUACUCGACUUCCUCCAUAAAAUGUGAAUUCACCCUAAGGAGAUAGCCAAUUCGGACGGUCUUGCGUUCAAGGGUGCGUUCCGAAAUUAGCUGUCAGCGCUAAAAACUCGGCAGCGCAAAAGAGAUAAAAGAUUGUUGACGCACUGGGAGUAAAUUAUCGAAACGCAUCCAAGCUGUAUGCUGCACGUGAAAAACCAGCGUAUAUCUGGCAGUCGUUGUCGGACUACGUGAUUCUUAGUUAAUGAAAGAAUGUUGUGGGUGUUUGGAAUUUUUUUCGUUUACUCACUUCACAUGAUUCAGAAGUUGUAAUAUUGUGCGAGAGAUGGUCAACAAUAAGUAUAGAUGAACAAUUCAACAAUAUCCGUUCUUCUGCGUGACUGAACGUCCGGAUGAAAACAUUGUUACCAUCAUAACACGCUUGAACAUUAUUCUUAUAUCAUCCACCACUAUCUCAUAGUUGAAACUAACCGCAUCAAAACAAUUGACAACUUUGCAAAGUCUUAUGAUUUAUUGAAUAACAUCAAUCGUUAGGAAAACUUUGAAAGAAUAACAUGUCUAAGCGUAAGCUCGAGGAUGUACUGAGUGAAGACUGGAAGGAUAGUAGGGCGAAAACAGAACCGACCGUCAAGAAUUCUUUAGACUCUGAUGAGGAGGACGAAGAAGCCAAUGAGGAUAAUUACAAUGUCAUGAAUGAGGAUGACUUUGAAGGAACGGAAGACGAUCCCGUAGCAGCAGAGACAGAUGUAGGCUUCACAGCAUUCAAUAUGAAGGAGGAAUUGGAAGAGGGACACUUUGAUAAGGAUGGUCAUUACCUCUGGAACAAGGAAAAGCAGAUCAGAGACAAUUGGCUUGACAACAUUGACUGGGUUCAGAUUAAAUCUGGGGGACGCGAAGGUACAAGCAAUAAAACAAGUGACAAAAUCAAAGGAUUGGCGGACAGCGAUAGCGAGGAUGAUGAACAAGAAGUAAUGUUUGACAGCGUGCCAUUGUACAAAAAAAUUCUCGAGUAUUUGCGUCCUGGGGAAACUGUAUCAAAAGCACUUCGCAGACUAGGCAAAGGAAACAAAAGAAUGACCACUGCAGAACGAUGGAAAAAGAAAAAAGAAGCACAAGCCGGUAUAGAAACUAAUGAAAAUGCUGAAAAAAUAACACAGUUAACAGAGUUUGCAAACGAACUUUUGACACGGACCGGUAACAUGGAUAUAUACGAGGAAAGUUAUGAACAAAUUAAAAAAAAGAUUGAGACGAGUGGGAAACAGGCUCAUCCAUCGAAACAGGAAGCAGAAUUGGAUAUGUACUCCGACGAUUUUGAUGUUAAAGAAAAAGCCAAGCUUGACGAAAAUGCAGCUCCUGGUGAUUCGUCGGCGAUGGAAGUUGAGAAAUCAAAAGGGAGUUCGACAGAAGUUAAGCAGGAUCUUGAAGAAGACAUGGUAACAUGGGAGCUGAAGUGGUCGCAGAAUGAAACAGCUGAGGUUCACGGACCUCACUCAACGGAGCAAAUGCAAGCUUGGUCCAAGGAGGGAUAUUUUAAAUCUGGUGCUUGGGUACGACGAACUGGUCAACAAGGGCAAUUUUACAGUGCAGCGAGGGUCGACUUUGAAUUAUAUUUAUAGUAUGGAACGCUUGUGACUUGAUAAGUGAAGUAUAAUUUUCAGGGAAGUAGAAAGAGAAAAUAAAAAACGAUUUACCUAA